AAUAUGUUUAUAACAAAACAGCAUUAAUUUGCAAAGUUAAGGAAAUAUCUGAUUAAUAAAUAGUAAUUAUAGCAAAUUGAGAAAAUGUUUUUGAUGGUACUAAGCUUUUGGACCUGAAUUAUAAUUCAACACAACUAAUAACAGUGACGUGGAACUAAUAUUUGGGCAGCUUAUUAAUUUUUAUUUAGAUAUUUAAAUUAAGUAGGAUAAAAUAGUCAUAAUAGCAAAAAUGUUUGAAAUAUCAGACACCCAAAAGAUUGGUGUAGGUCUGGCUGGAUUUGGAAUUUUUUUCCUAUUCUUAGGGAUGUUGCUCCUUUUUGAUAAAAGCCUUUUAGCCCUAGGGAACAUUCUUUUUAUAAGUGGUUUAGCAUGUGUUAUUGGAUUAGAAAGAACAUUUAGAUUUUUCUUCCAAAGGCACAAAGUAAAAGCAUCAAUUUCAUUUUUUGGAGGCAUAAUUAUAGUUCUUACAGGUUGGCCUCUUGUAGGAAUGCUUUUUGAAAUGUAUGGAUUUGUUUUAUUGUUCAGUGGGUUUUUCCCUGUUGCUAUUAACUUCCUUCGAAGGGUACCUGUACUAGGAACAUUCCUAAAUUUACCAGGAAUUAGUGGUGUUUUAGACAAAUUAUCAGGAGAUUCUGAUAGGACAAGAGUAUGACAAAUAGUGUAAUUAAAAACUUUUUUGUCCGAGUGAAGUAACUUCCUGAAUGUUAUUUGUCAAAUAUUUAAUGUUUAUCAUCUAAUUGUAAGCAAAAAAACAUAUUUUCACAAUUUGUAAUUCAUUCAGAUGUGUAUUUGGUAAAAAUUAUAUUUUAAAAAGGUUUUGUUUUGUUUCUUUGGCAAUUCAUUGGUUUGUUCAUGAAAUAUUUUUAUGUAGAUGUAUACAUAAAUUUUGAAAAACGAAAUUGUGCAAUGUUUGAAAACAUUUUUGUAACUAUUUUUUAUUGUUUGUUAUUACGUAUGCUGUGUAAAUAUAUAGGAAUGAAAUGUUAAUUCUCCU